CAUUUUCCUACAAUCAUAUCUUUCUUCGUCAAUUUCCUCUCUUUAAUUCUGAUCUUCUGAAGCCAAAAACAGAGGAAAAGAAAAAUGUCGAGAUACCCUAAAACCCUCUCUGUUUCUCCACAUUCUCUACUUUUCAUGGUCAUCAUCAUCUUCUUCUUCUUCUUUGAGGUAAAUUCAAGAACCCAUCCUUCAGAUAUACUAGUGCUCAAGGUUCUCAAAAGCAGUGUGGACCCCAGUUCCAUUGCCCCCGGAUCUUGCCUGAGCUCCUGGGACUUCUCAUUGGACCCUUGUGACAGCCUCUUCAGUGACCAUUUCACCUGCGGCUUCCGGUGCGACCGACUCGUCGCUGGUUCAUUACGUGUCACCGAGAUCACUCUUGACCCGGUGGGUUACACUGGUUCGCUUGCUUCUAUAUCUUGGAACCUCCCUUAUUUAGAAACAUUGGAUAUCUCUGAUAACUCGUUCUCCGGUUCAAUCCCUGGCUCAUUGUCCAAUUUAACUCGCCUCCGUCUACUCAGCCUCUCUAAGAAUUCAUUUUCAGCUGAAGUCCCCCUGUUUCUUGGAUUGCUCUCUCGGCUUGAAGAGCUAUACCUCGACAACAACCAUCUCAACGGGCCAAUUCCGGCGAGCUUCGACAACAUGACAAGCUUGAAACGACUUGAAAUUCAACAAAACGGCAUCUCUGGUGAGCUUCCCAAUCUGGGUUCGCUCAAAAACCUGUAUUUUCUCGAUGCAAGUGACAACAAUAUCUCCGGUGGCGUCCCGGCGACGCUGCCACCGUCUCUGGUGGAGCUCUCUAUUCGAAACAAUAAUUUAAGAGGAAAUCUUCCGGAUGAUCUAAACGCCAUGCCGUUGCUACAGGUUCUGGAUCUUAGUCACAACAAGCUAUCCGGUACCGUUUCAUCCGUUCUCUUCAACCACCCAUCUCUACAACAACUCACUCUGUCCCGCAACUACUUCAAUUCCCUUCAAGUCCCCGGUGACGGCGGUGCGAGCAGUAGACUAAUAGCUCUGGAUCUGAGCUACAACGAUCUUCGGGGAUUUCUACCGGCAUUCAUGGCUUCAAUGCCGAAGCUCUCUGCUCUGACCCUGGAGCAUAACAAAUUCACGGGGAUGAUCCCGGUGCAGUAUGCUCUGAGAGCCGCCAUCCCGGUGAACAACAUUUCGCCGUUCGAGAGACUGUUGCUGGGUGGAAACUAUCUGUUCGGGCCGAUUCCGGAUCCUCUGACGGGUCUGAAACCGGGUUCAGUUGACGUCAGCUUGGUGGACAAUUGCCUGUCCCGAUGCCCUGACACUUUCUUCUUCUGCCAGGGCAGAGAUCAGAAAUCGAUAAUGGAUUGCAAGAGCUUUGCGCCCGUAAUUCCUUAGAAUUACACACAAAUUUACAUCCAAUUGUAUCAUAUUCUUAAAAAUAGAAUGUUGAAGAAUUC